AUGGGAUGCGUUAAAUGGGCUCCUAAUGUUUUUGAUGUGUUGUUAUUGAACAAUCAAUUGCUCUUAAUUAUAGUUGUUGAACAGAGAAUCUAUCGGAAAAGUUCCCAGUACCUAAACAGAAAUUGGUGCUUAAUUUGCAGUCCCGCAAGCAUUAUGACUACAAUGAUCAGUUACCUCAUAGUUGUUCUUAUGUUCAUUGUUGGCGUUAAGAGCCGUAUAUUCGGAGGUGGAAUGUACGGUGGAGGUUAUGGGUACGGUGGGAAAUACGGUGGCUUACAACUUGCCUGAUCGGUCUUCAACUCCGAUUCAUCAUGAUUGCUUUAUCUUCUGUCUAAAAGUUAAUCUUUCACAAUAAAGAUG